CAUUUUUGUUAUAUUAAAAAAAAUCAGCGUGAGGAUGAGCCGACUAGAUUGAAUAGGUUCCAAAUCCCUUCAAAUAGUUUAUUUUGGUUUUUAUAUACACACAUAAGGGGCAUUUUUUUUGCUUUCCGCCGUGGGCAUCCAAAAUCUCAGGACCGGCCCUGACUAUGCAAGAAUCAUGUUUUCUAGAUUAAAAAGGCGAGUCCCAGAGAGCUCAAUCCCUACUUCAACAAUGAUGGAAGUGGUUACCCAGAAGAGGCAGAUAGAGCAAGUUCUGGAGGUAGUUGGAGAGCGGUGGGGUUCUUUGGGGAAACUAGCAGUUUCCAUGGCAUCAGCUUCUGCUGCACCAUCUCAUGCUCACCUUCAUGCCAUAAAGAAUAGAAUAAGACUGCAGACCAGAGAGCAGCAAACGACACCAGCUGAUCGAAGUGACGCUGAAAGGGAUAGCCAGAAGGGCAUGCCUCAACAGCAUGCUAAAAAUAAAAUGAGAGUGCCUAGACCUGAUGAUUCUUUAUCUUGGGGGAAGCAGAAAAGUCAGAGCAUGUCAGUUAAGGAUGCUGGUGUCAUUUCUUCUGCAUUGUCCAGCUUACAAAAGUUCACCAAUGAUGGAAGUUUCUUGAAAGAAUUUAAAUCUCAGCAAGAUGAUGAUUCAUAUUCAGAUCGUGACGGGAAAGUUGCAUCUGAUGUGUCCAAAUCUGAAAAACCAUCUCGUGUAGACGAAGGACACAUAAAGCCUGCACUAAGUGCAAACCAGUUGGCUGCUAAAGUUAUGCAGCUCCGUAUGAAAGGAAAGCAUGACGAAGCUGAGAAACUUCUGAAAGAGGCAGAAGUGCAURAAGGGGAAAGCAAAGCGGGUACCAUCACAACCAAUCCACAGGGUGAUGGAACUAUGAGCAGGUAUAUCAUGCAUGGCAUAAAAGCGCGUGAAAAGAUGAAAGAGGAAGAUGCUGACAUGCAUGUAGCUCGUUUAAUAGUGCAAAACAAAAAGUAUAGUAUAUCAGGUCAGGCAGAUGAUGAAUACGAUUAUGACGAGGGACCUAAAAGAAAGAAACGGGGUAAAGGUGAUGAUGUUCCUAAAUCAAUGGGAAAUACCCGUUUCGAAAAACACAUUUUAACUCUGCAAGAGCGCUGUAACUUUUGCUUUGAGAACCCUAAGAGGCCACGACAUCUUGUUAUUGCGAUUGCCAAUUUCACAUAUUUGAUGUUACCUCAGUGGAAGCCUGUUGUACCAGGCCAUUGUUGCCUAUUGCCUAUGCAGCAUGAGUUAGCAACAAGAAGCGUUGAUGAUAACGURUGGGAUGAAAUACGCAACUUCAAGAAAUGUCUUCUAAUGAUGUUUGCUAAGCAAGAGAUGGAUGUUAUAUUUCUUGAAACAGUAAUGGGGUUGGCAAAGCAGAGCAGGCAUUGUUUGGUGGAAUGCAUUCCUUUGCCUCCAGAAAUUGCAAAACAGGCUCCUCUCUAUUUUAAGAAGGCAAUAGAUGAAGCUGAAGAAGAAUGGAGCCAACAUAAUGCAAAGAAGUUAAUUGAUACAAGUGAAARGGGGUUGCGUAACUCGAUACCGAAAGACUUCCCGUACUUCCAUGUGGAGUUUGGUUUAAAGAAGGGAUAUGUUCACGUUAUCGAUGAUGAAUCCCAGUUCAAAAGCAGUUUUG